AUAGGUACUUAAGUUGUAGUGUUGGAUUGUUUUUGGCCAAUAGGUCUGUUACCAAUGCCAGUAAAAAAAAUAAGGCUGUUUUAUGUCAAUAAAAAAUUUCUACAUUUGUAUAUUGUGUAGAUGGUGUAGAUACAUAACUACGUUUUGUGCUGGCAGUGUUAUUUUUGGAAUUAAUUUUAGAAUUGUAAUUGUUUUCGCGUGUCGUGCGCUUAGUAAAUAACAAAUGAGAAAAUGUUGCUCGUGAAGGAUGGUUUCGUGAAAUCUAGGCUGCUAUGUUCAUAUUCAGCACGAAUGCCACUUUAGUUUUCAAGUAAAUAGAAAAUGUAUUUUAACUUAUUGUAACUUUUGUGUGAAUACUUUUUUCAAUAAUGCCCGUUCAACAAAUAAGUGUGAAGAAUUCAUCGGAAAUUGAAAGUUGGGAAUGGGGCGGUGGUUGUGGUAGAGAAACUGUACGGACUGGGUCUGGGAGCAGUCAAACAUCAUGCAGCAACUGCAGCGGAGAUAUUUGUCGUAUAUGCCAUUGUGAGAGUGAACCACAGAACCCAUUGUUGGCCCCAUGUUAUUGUUCAGGAAGCCUUAAAUACGUACACCAGAGUUGCUUGCAGCAGUGGUUGACGGCAUCCGAGACAAGAUCUUGUGAGCUAUGCAAAUUUAACUUCAUCAUGCACACUAAAAUCAAACCGUUCAAUGAGUGGCGUUUGCUGGAGAUGUCCGGUGUUGAGCGGAGACGUCUGUGCUGCGCGGUUCUUUUCCACUGUGUGGCGGCCCUCUGCGUCAUGUGGUCUCUGUUCGUACUUAUCGAACGGGCCGUUGAGGAAGUCAAUCGCGGUCUUAUCGCGUGGCCGUUCUGGACUAAACUGGUCGUGGUGGCGGUCGGGUUCACGGGGGGGGCGGUCUUUAUGUACAUACAGUGCCGGCAGUAUUUGCACCUAUGUAAUCGUUGGAGAGCUCACAAUAGGAUACUAUUAAUACAAAAUGCACCGGAGAAGAUGGCGGUAUGUGGUGGGUCGCCUCCGGUGGUGGCGAUGCGGGGGCCGCGGGGCGUGCGGGGUCAGGUGGUUGCCAACAUUGAGCCCUCGCCGCCCCCCGCCGCCUUCCACGAGGAGGACGAGAGCGGAGGCUUCGAGACCUACCGCCCCCCGCCGCCCCGCCGCCUUGCGCCCCCCGACGAGCGCAUCCCGCCGCGCCGAGCCUCAGACCCGCGCCUCGCCGCGCCCCCAGCCGCGCCACCAGCCCUGCCAUCCGUCGCACCACUCGCCAUACACGGCGUGUACCAUAUCGCGGUGGAUCCGCUGGAGGCCGACAUCAGGUCGCUGCUGGCGCUAGAGGCGCAGCGCCAGACUGCCCGCUCGCUGCCGAACCUGCGCGCCUCUCGAGAGAGUCUCCUGCCGCCUGCCUCCUGAGGGCCCGCCCUGCUGCUCUACCCUGACGACACCGUCUACUAGCGCGACCGGGCGCGGCCCUGACGUUACGUGACGGUGCGUCCCUGACGUCACGUGACGGUGCGUCCCUGACGUCACGUAACGGUGCGGGCCCUCGGGAAUACUUUGCUAGACAAAGACUUUGACGCCCGGCGGGCAUCUCAGUGAGUCCAAUGGAAGUGUUUCGGUGCAUAGACUGUCCGGCGGACCGGAUGCGCCGCGAAUUGUCCGAUCGUUUGUAAAUAUCAAGUAGUGUUUACGUACCGUGGUGUAAAUAUAUUAUAAACGUUAAUGUCCGACGAUGUAUUUUAAUUCCGACGCUGCAGAUUUUAAACGUAAAAACGCACUCACUUAUUGAGCUGAUGAAACGAUUAGGAUAUUGAUAUCGAUGUGCCAUUAUUAAAAUUAAUACACCAAUCUAUGAAUUCAUAUUAAUAAUGUAAUUAGGUAGAAAUGCGAUUUUGUAAUUUAAAGUGUCGAAAAGUAAACAUAAUAAUAAUAAAAUAACAAUAAAAAAAUCAACACCAACUUCGUUACAAUUUUUUUUAAAUAAUUUAAUUGAGAUUUAUUGUUCUGUUAAUACACAAAACUCUUGACUCGAAAACUAGUAUACAAAUGAAAUUCGAUUAUUCUAAUUUCAUGUUUAUCGUUUCUCGUUACAAUAUACAUGUGUGUAUAUAAUUUUAUUUAACAUUCAGUACAUAGUUCAGGCACUCUGUCAUCUGAUACACUCGAUACGGCAACCAUUAUGACAUUCAUUGCUUUAGAAUCUCAAAAGAUUUCGUGACAAUCAUUUCUAUUAGGAUAAAAAUAAAAAUAAAAACUUGGAAACAUCAACGACUUCACAAUUAAAAAAAUUUUUUUAUUUUAAAUAAUAUUUAUUACUUUAAACUAGAAAGUAUAUAAUUAUGGUCAUAAUGUUAUAACUUGUACAAUUGUAUGUAUGAUCUAUGGCGUCAAAACAGAGUUUGUCUAAUGGCGCGUUCGGACUGGAGUUAAAAAUGUUCAAAUGUAUUCGACGCGUUGCACCAUUCGGGAAGCUUCGGGUCUUGUCGGCUCUUUCCGACUCCGCGCCCCCGACGGCAAUGGCAAUAAUAAACUUUGUUAUUAAAAUUUAAAACGACUAUAAAGGCUUGCUGUCGUCCGUGACCACGAAAACUGCGGAGCAUCCGAAACGUCAGCAAUAAUAUCGCACCUUUAGAAUUGAAGUGGCUUAACUAAAAUUUUCAAGAAAAUGAGUUUUUGUACUUCAAACUCAUGAACGUGUAUUUUAUGAGUUUCUUAAAAUUAAACAGUCUGUUUUAGUCUAGAAAAGGACAUACGUAAUCUUUCCGUCUCUUUUAAAUUAAGCUUUUACAAUAGUAUAUUGUGCACUAAGGGAGAAAUGUCCAAAUUUUCUCCCGCGGUGCACAUACUAUUUUUUCUCCUACCAGGCUGAAAGUUCGUAGAGUACCGAGGCGGGGUCCAGGGGCGAAGCCCUAGCGGGGUAGGGGGCGCGGAGCCCCUCCAUACUCGUAAACAAAACAAUUUAACUGUUUUUUUAAUUGUUAAAUAAGCUACUAGUAAUACUAAAAAACUACUACUAAAAUAAGAACUGUCUGAUGAACUCAUCUUUGUUUAAUACUUCACUAUUAAAUUUUAUUGCCUUUUGUUUAUUUCACUUUUACACUAAACACAAUAUUGCAAAUUACUCGAGCACAACAAUGGCGGAGAAUUUUAGGUGCGUGAGAGCAGACGUAGACACUAACGCGCAUGCGCACUUGUACCCAGGGAGAAAAACUUACACUUUCUUCCCUGUACAGCGGGAUGAAAACCGAACUUUCGGCGUCGGUAGGAGAAAAAAGUAAAUAUUAUAAUCGAAAAAAAAAAUGACAAUUUUUCAAUUAGGUACAUGUCAACGUUUAACAAAUAUAAGAAUUUUGGAAUAAGCCACUUCAAUUCUAAAGGUGCGUUAUCGUGACAUUUAUACAUAUAUGCGAGAUUAAAUCGUAAAAGUAGUUUUGAUCGCUCGUAGUGAGACUCGCGAAAACGAAACUAUAAGACACACUUUUGCUAAUACAUGAAGCGCAAUGGUUUAUAUGAACAGCUCUCUGGAUAUAUAUUUAUUUCUUUUUGUCCUCUUCAUACGACGCUCUCAUAUAAUAAUAUUUCAAUAAAUUUUAUCAAUGUGUUUAGUUGUUCAUGUGACGGUCUUUAUUGUUACAAGUUUUCAGCGAGCAAUAAUGAUACAGGAAAGAAGUAAAUGAGUUCAUGUUAAAUUUUCGAUAAAAAGAUUGCGAUACCAAAUCAAUUAAUUCUAAGAGUCAUGAUGAUUUUCACGUAGAAUUUCUAAUAAAGUGAAAAAAAAUGUGAAUACUUUUUAGAACGAAUCAUUUAAAUACUUUAAAACGUAUGCGAAAAUUUCCAUGUUUGAAUCAAUUUACAUCACAAACUUCUUUUUUUGUCAUUAAAAAAAAAUCAUUAUAAUUUCCAAAUACAUCUGAAUUUUCAUAGCUAUUCUGAUUGGUGACCAUUGGCGGCCUUAAUUUCAUGACUUACCAUAGAGUAGCUAACAAAUAAUGCCACAGGAUAAAAAAACUAAGCACAAAACUGUUAGUCAAUGAUAGUUUACGUAUUACGUACGUUACAUUAUUACAUACUGUAUAGAACAUGAAAUUAAAAAAGUAAAAAGAGAAAAUAAAUUAAAGGAUAUAAUGUAUGUGUAAGAAAGAGACUAACUUUAUAUUUUAGUUUGACGUUCUCUCUGUCACCCCAAAACGCAGUUACAUUCGUAGUGCAACAGCAAUGUAAUACAAAACUAAUUAAGUUAAUUGGUUAAAAUAUUUUUACAGUAUUUACGUAUUUAAUAGAACGUGUUUUAUGUUCCUUGCAGUUCCAGUAAAAAUUAUACGUCCAUAAAACAUUGUUUUUGCGAAAAAUCACCAUGAAAUUGUUAUCAGUACACAAUAAGUUAUAUUUCUAAACAUAUAAUAUAAAAACCGAAAUUCAAAUUCAAAUUAAUUUUAAUAUAGAUUUUCUAUAUUACUUUAGUGCGAUUGUCCCCCUUAAUUAUCAAAUUGCCCCCUUGUGGGGCGUGAGCUCCGCGUUGGGAAACACCGUACUAGAGGAACCGAUUUGCGCGGGAUCCAAUAUUAUAGGAUUUAUUUAAGUAUUUCAAAACCAAAAUGUUUAAAACUUUUUAUUUCUCCAACACUAAUCAUGACCACACAGUUACUGAGAAAUUUCAAGAAUUGUCAUUUUUUGUGUUGUCUCUUUAAUAAUAAGCUGAAAGAAAACCAUGACCGAAUGAAAUGACAAUUUUUUAUAUAUUAUUGUUCUUUUUAUUGCUUUUAACUUAAACGAAAUCAACAAGCUUCGUUUCUUUUUUUACUUUAAUUUUCACUCUUAUAAUAUUUUCGGUGCUUUGUAAGUUUGUUGAUUUCUUUCAUUCAUUAUAUAUUGAACGUCGAUUUAUAAUAAGUGUCACUUAUGAUCUCUUCAAAAAUUGUAAUAUUUUACUAUGCACGCCAAAGAAUUAACCACUUGAGGUAUCAAUUUAUCGAUGGCAUUUAGAAUCUAUUUAUUUGGAUGAAAAAGAAAAUUAUUUAUAACUUAUAAUCAGACAAAUUAUAAACUGUACUUCACAAAGACCGCUACGGCUAGCUUGGAUCCGGUUACAUUCACUUCAAGAUGCCCUCUUUAAUAUAAUUUCGAACUAUUUCGAUAUACUAUGAAUUUUUUUUCAUUGCUUAGAUGGCUGGCCGACCUCACAGCUCACCUGAUGUUAAGUGGUUACUGGAGCCUAUAGACAUCUACAACAUAAAUGUGCCACCCAUCUUGAGAUAUAAGUUCUAAGGUCUCAGUAUAGUUACAACGGCUGCCCCGCCCUUCAAACCGAAACGCAUUACUGCUUCACGGCAAAAAUAGGCAGGGUGGUGGUACCUACCCGGGCGGACUCACAAGACGUUCUACCACCAGUAAUAAAUGAAGUAACCUUACGUCAUAAUUUGCGGCCCGGUGAAGUAGAUCUCUAAAGAAGACAAAUUUAAAUUUUGAACUAUUGAGGAAUUUAAAAACGAACUGAAUUCAUUUUAUGAAUACAAACUUUAAAAAAAAAAAUGAAGUCGCUUUUUUUUCUUCACUCUUUCUACACACACCUUUAUUCAUCCUACAACUUACAUUAAGUAUUUUGUUUGAAAUAAAUUUAUACUAUGUAAAUUAUUUUACUGUGUAGUUUCGGAUUGAAUGACGUAAAAUGAAAAGAAAAGAUAAUGAAUAAAGUUUAUUUAUGUAAUUAUUUUUACAUAUCACAAUAGUUUUAUUGAAUUUUAAAUAACGCUGCUUGUAAAUAACGCCUUUGAUGUUAACAUGCCUCAGUGAGUAUCAUGAGUGAUGUUUUUUUUAAAGAAUAUUAUGAUUUUUUUAAUGUGGUGCCUUGAAAGUGUAAAAUGCGCGUUUUAAUUUGAGAUUGCAAAACUAUAGCGUAUGGUUACGUUAAUAAUGAGCGUAGUUCAAGUCAAAGACUAAUGUAUCAUUUUGAAUAAAUAUUAACAUUAGAAAAUAAAAGGAAUUUACGCGAUUAAUUUCUACCCACGCACUGCAAUAUUUUUUAAAUAUAAAGUAUUUUAUUUGGUUGUAAUCGAUACUAUUCCCGUUUAGGUUUACCAUUCACUUAAAACUAUAUAGAAAUAAGUACGGUAAUAGAAACUAUCUAUACCGAACUAAACCCUAACGCAGAAGACUUUUCGUUACACCCUGUAUAAUUACGUAAAAUGAAUAUUCAUAUUAAAAAAUAUCAAGACUAAUGUUGCUCUUUUUGACUAAUUUACCACUUGCAUUAGAUACUUUCAAGGACACGACAUUCAAUUACUCGUAUAUAUUUCUUUCAACAUUGAUGCUGCACAAUUGAGGUUUUAUUGUAUGUCCAGUAAUAUGUAUUUUGUGUCUGCUGUACUUAAAUUAAAGCACUAAUCUGUUCACCGCAAAUGUUUUGAACGUACAGUUUUCUUUUGUUUCUGUUGCGCGUGUUACUAUAGUUUCUAAAAGAUAAGGUGUUAUUGAUGUAAAGACGUGUAUAAAUUAAAAAAAAAAAAACAGGACUUAACUGUAAGAUGUUUGACAUAAUAUUAUUAUUAUCUCCGUUUUGUUCGUUGAAGUAUGUUGUAUGCUAAUGAGUAGAUAUUGAGGUGUUAUGUGUGAUUAAAUUAAAUACUACUUCCAUUUUGUUGUACUAUUUCAUAGCGAGCACAUACCUGAUCGAGUAGAAAUGAAGGGUGAAAGUUUUUUUUUUUAAAUACUAACUCAAAGGAGUCUUGCAAGUGGUUCAGUAUCGAUCGUCACAAUCAACCAAGACUUCUUUACGUUUUUGUUAUUGAAAAAUUAUAUAUUUUUUGACCAGGACAAAUAGAAUAUUUUUACUGGUAAUUUUAACGUAAUUUGUUUAAUCCGUUUAACUGAUUGGACGAUGAAUAUCUCUAUAAACCUCUCUAUAAAAUUGGUUAAACUAAGGCGUGCAAAAUCUUUGCAUCUUGCAAUAGAACUUUUCUUGAAUAUCGGUAUACGCGCGGACAGUGAUGUUGUCAUAAUUUCCGUCUAUAUCUAGAUAGCCAGUUAAAAAAAUAUCACUUGUAUUCUCAUUGAAAAACAUUUUUGACAUAUUUGAUUUGUCAAUUCAGUAAAAGAAAAACGUUUAUUUUUUCAAACUUUGAAUUGUUAAUAUUUGAUCACGUGAAAUUUAUACUUGUUUCAAUACAUAGUGAUCGGGCAUGUUUGUAUUUUGAACAUCGUAAUGAAUGGAUUUACUGAAUACGUUUGCCUUGAAGAUUUAUUGGUUGAAAAAAAAUUGUUAUUCUUAUUGAUUAUUAUUACAAGUGGUCGCAUUCCCGCCCUCGGCGAGUUAUGUACCAAAUUUAUUUCUUAAUUCCUGGACAUUUCUACUCUAUUAGAAAUCAUGUAUUCGAUGACUAUUAUGAAUAUCCUUUUCAGUUUCAGCGCAUGAGAUCUCAUUAACCAUUCCAUUGUAUGUCGUGAUAAUAAUGAUACGUUUUAGGAUCUCUCAUAUUCUUUUUGAGUUUGCUCAAAAUUUUCUUUUUUUAUUUUCUUGUAAAACUUGUGUACUUAUUGUUAAUGAAAUUUGUAAGACUGUAUUUUAUUUCGUUUUGUAGCAAUGUUAGUUAUUACUUCAGGUUAAUAAUAAUAAUACAGUUAUUUUGAAAUUAAA